AAAUGGAAGCUGAGUAAAUUUUGACGAGUAAGAUGGCGGACGACAAGGACUCUCUGCCAAAGCUGAAAGAUCUUGCUUUUUUGAAGGAUCAGUUGGAAAGUUUGAAACGAAGAGUUGAAAAUGAGGUACAGGCUGAAGUUGGACAGGAAGGUUCUUUGCUGGCCUCUCCAUUUCUCAAAGGAUUCCUUGCUGGGUAUGUUGUAGCCAAACUCAGAUCUUCAGCAGUAUUGGGAUUUUUGGUGGGGACUUGUACUGGGGUGUAUGCCGCUCAAACCUAUGCUGUUCCUAAUGUUGAAAAGACUGUCAAAGACUACUUCAACUCAUUUAGGAAAGGACCAGACUAGAAGAUCAUCCCUCAUGCAGUGGUUGCACUCCAGGAAACCUCUCUUCUCAUCUUAGAAUUUCUAAACAAUUUCAACCCUACAUAAAUGUCUGAAUUCUCCAACACCGCCUUCAGCAUUCAUAUUCAGUGGAAACAUGUUUUAUGUGGCAUGAGUAUGCCAUUUCAGCAGGUCUGAUUAGAAUUUUUUCAGUCAUUCUACCAUUAAAGUUGCGAUUGCUGCUUCAACCAU